AUGAUAGGUAAACAACUACCACAGCUGAAAGAACCAAACUACCGUUACAAAAAAGAAGCAGUGCGAGGGGCCAAAAGAAAACAGGUGCCUGGGCAUGAUUGCAAUAGAUGUGAGGAGUACUAUGUAGCUGCAAAGUUAGGAAAAAAUGCAAUUAAGAAAUGCUCCAGACACAGAGCCCAGUAUUCACCCGUGCGUUCACCAAAAGGAUUUUGGAGUCUCAAUAUGCCAUCUACACAGUGGAUAAGAGCAAAGGCUUCUGGUGAACCUGUUUCACCAUUCAAAUGGUGAAGUUGAGGUAGUCUCUUCAGAAAUCUAUAGAUUUAUUCUACCAAUAUUUUUCUUACCUGUAAGAUUUGCAUGUAGCUUUGUUUUUUUACAAAUUUGUUCAUGUGGAAUGUUAAUUCCAGAUGUUUCUGUCCUGCAACUGUGUACUUAUUAUUUCUUGCAUGUUUCAUUUUCAAUUAGAAUUAGAGCUAUCAGGCUUCUGAGAACCUUGUAUCACCAUUCAAAAAUGGUAAAGUUGAAAUGGCCUUUUCAGAUGCUAUAAAUUGAUUCUACCAAUGUUAUUCUUACCUGUAGCUUUUCAUGCAGCAUUAUUUUUUAAUUUGUCAAUAUAGAAUGUGAAUUCCAGAUGUUUUCCAUCAAUUUUAUUCAUAGAUGUUUUUAUUUUCCUAUGAUAUGUGUCCAGGUUUUAAAGCCAAUGUACCAAAUAUACCAUCUCUCCUUGUAUUUCUCUGCCGUAUAUCCGUUUUACCUUUUCCAAGUAGCCAAUGCUUCAAAUUCAUAGC